AGGAGACUGAGAAGACACACCAAACAAGGCUGAGUGAGACCCAGGUGACAGCCUCUGAGUGGACACUUGGAUCCCCAUCUGCUGACAGAGACCAGAGACCAGAGGCCAGGAUGAAGCGGGACUUGGCUGUGUGUUGCACGCUGGUGCUGGUGCUGAUGCUGAUGGCCUCGGUGCUGACCAGGACAGGAGCAGCUCCUGCCCCUACGCCCGCCAGGACCCACCUGGGUGCAAGGGGCUGCCUCAUGGGCCAGUUCAAGUCUCUGUCGCCACAAGAGAUGAAGGCCUUCAAGAGGGUCAAGGACGCCCUGGAAGAGUCGCUCCUGCUUAAGAACUGGAGCUGCAGCUCCCGCCCCCUCCCCAGGACCCGGGACCUGAGGCAGCUGCAGGUGUGGGAGCGCCCUGUGGCCUUGGAGGCUGAGCUGGCCCUGACACUGAAGGUCCUGGGGACCUUGAAGAACUCGACCCUGGGGGACAUCCUGGACCAGCCCCUGCACACGCUGCACCACAUCCACUCCAAGCUUCAGGCCUGUGUCCCAGCUCAGGCCACAGCAGGCCCCAGGCUACGGGGCCCCCUCCGCCAAUGGCUGCAUCGCCUCCGGGAGGCCGGGAAGAAGGAAUCUCAGGGCUGCCUUGAAGCCUCUGUCACAUUGAACCUCUUCCGCCUCCUCACCCGUGACCUGAGAUGUGUGGCCGCUGGAGACCUGUGUGCCUGA